AUGGCAAGAGAUGAAUUAGACCAGAUUUUAGUUCAAAGGGAGUGUCAUCAUUUAAAUUUGGAAAACACUGUACCAGAGGUGACCUUGGCAGGGCAGUGCGCGGCCCUGGCCUCCCACGUGGCAGAGGCUUGGGACCAACUCUGCCAUCAGCACCCCGAGCUGAUCAGGUCAGCUCGGUCCGGGGAAGCUCAGCGCUUUUCUUCAGGGCCCAACAAUCUUUGCAACCUCCACUCUUACAAGCAUUUUGGAUUGGCAAACAAGAAGACAGUGACCAUUCAACCAGGAGGCAAAGAUCAGUCUGUGUUGCUUGCUACAACAAAGACCAAGAAACAGAACAGGCCCGCAGCUUUGUAUAACAAGUCUGUCAUGAAGAAGGAGUUCCGUCGAAUGGCCAAGGCUGUUACAAACCAGGUGGCAGAUAACAGGCCUGAUCUGAAGAAGGCUGCUCUGAUACCAUGA